AUGCUCAUAGCCAUGGUGGUUGUGUUCGUGGUGUGCUGGAUUCCACUGAACGCGCUGUCAAUAUACAGCGACACCAAGCCCAACGACCCAGAAUUUGCGAUACCCUAUUUUAACGCGAUCUUCGUGACCUGCCACAUCAUUGCGAUGAGCUCGGCUGUCUAUAAUCCCUUGCUUUACGCCUGGCUUAGCGAAACCUUUCGGCGCAACUUGAAAACCCUCGUGCCACAAUGGCGAAUGAAAUCGUCCGCUGUUGGUGCUCUCGGUGCUGCUACUGCUAUUGAUGCUGCAGCAGGACCGGUGCUGAGAGCUACAGGUGCAAAUGGUAACGACUUUGCACGCAAAAACAUAGAGUCACAAACAUGCUCCGGUGGGGGUGGAUUGGAAGGUCUUCCAUUCACGCAGUUACAGGAGACAGAUCAAUUUAACUCAGCGGCGCAAAAUGUUCUCAGAGAGAGUGAACAGUGA